AUGGCGGCACUUCGUAGAAAAUUUGGCGAAGACUACCAAGUGGUUAACACAAAUCGGGCAACCACUUUUGCUGCCCCGGUCAAGAAGAAACGGCAGCGCUUCGUGGAUAAGAACGGUCGCUGCAAUGUUCAGCACGGAAACCUCGGUGGAGAGACUAGCAGAUACCUCUCUGACCUCUUCACCACUUUGGUCGACCUAAAGUGGAGAUGGAACCUGCUCAUCUUCAUCCUAACUUACACGGUCGCUUGGCUGGUCAUGGCAUCUAUGUGGUGGAUCAUCGCUUACAUCAGGGGAGAUAUAAAUCACGGCCACGACUCGUCCUACACCCCCUGUGUGGCCAAUGUUUACAACUUCCCCUCAGCCUUUCUGUUUUUUAUCGAGACUGAAGCCACGAUCGGAUACGGCUACCGGUAUAUCACAGAGAAGUGUCCAGAGGGCAUCCUCCUGUUCUUGUUCCAGUCGCUACUGGGCUCCAUAGUGGACGCUUUUCUCAUCGGCUGCAUGUUCAUAAAAAUGUCCCAACCUAAGAAGCGCGCAGAGACGCUCAUGUUCAGUCAGUGCGCGGUGAUUUCUCAGCGAGACGGCAAACUGUGCCUUAUGUUCCGUGUGGGCAACCUGAGGAACAGCCACAUGGUGUCUGCUCAGAUCAGAUGCAAAGUCAUUAAGUCUCGUCAGACGCCUGAGGGUGAAUUCCUGCCUCUGGACCAGUGUGAAUUGGAUGUUGGUUUUGGAACGGGUGCAGACCAGCUCUUCCUGGUUUCCCCUCUUACCAUCUGCCAUGAAAUCAAUCCCAAGAGCCCCUUUUUUGACCUAUCCCAGCGCUCGCUCAUGAACGAAGAGUUUGAGAUUGUUGUUAUUCUCGAGGGCAUCGUGGAGACCACUGGUAUGACAUGCCAGGCACGGACGUCAUAUACUGAGGAUGAGGUUUUAUGGGGCCAUCGCUUCCUCCCGGUGAUGUCUCUGGAGGAGGGCUUUUUCAGGGUAGACUACUCACAGUUCCACAGCACGUUCGAAGUACCGACACCACCGUACAGUGUCAAAGAGCACGAAGAGAAGAACUCACUGCCCUCACCUCUGUCCACCCCUACCCCCGCACUGACAGAGACCUACUGCGCCCGGCGUGACCGGGUGUUUUCUGUGGAUUGCAUCAACAUUUCAGACGAAAGGCGUCAUGGCGGCGCAGGGGGGCGACUGCCAAGCAAGCUGCAGAGGAUGAGUUCUUCUGGAAAGGAGGACCUGCAGAGGAAGGUGCUUCUGCUGAGCUCCCAGCACUCUGAGAAGGCCUGCAGCACAGGAGACCUGCCCCUGAAGCUCCAGCGCCUCAGCUCCUCACCUGGACCUGAGCCGGAGAAUCGGCUGCAACUCAAGUCCCUCAAGGUGGGCUUCGAACCCAUGACCCAAUCUACUGGAGAUCUGUACCAGCAAAGCCUACAUCCCACACUGUCUCCUGCUCCAGUGCCAAUGCCCAGCCCACUGCGUUCAGCUGGAGGGAGGCCGGAGGACAACCUGCCAGCGAAGCUACGGAAAAUGAACGCUGACCGCUGA